GAUCAACCGAGUCGACAACAGCAACUCGCGCGACAAACAUCGACUUGGCAUCCUCAAAGCUGGCUUAUGCUACAGCGCCUGAUACGAGCAGCACAAUUGAGCACCAGGAGACUACACCAAACUAGACCGCUGCCUCGCUUUCAAGCUCCGCGACCCAUCCCUGCUCCUCCACUUCACCCCUCUCUCGUCCGUGCCUUCGCCAUGAGCACGACUGCCUCAACCUCGGCCGUCGCCGGCAAGCCCGUCAUCGGCAUCAUCGGCAUGGGUGACAUGGGCCGACUCUACGCGACCAAGCUCAGCGCAGGCGGACACCGCGUCGUCGUGUGCGACAAGCCCGAGCUGUUUGAGAACCUAUCCACCGAGUUCGGGGGCAGCGGCAUCGAGGUCCUUCAGGACGGUCACGCCGUCUCCCGUCUCGCCGACUUCAUCGUCUACUCGGUCGAGGCGGCUGCGAUCGGUGCCGUCGUCCGGCAAUACGGCCCCAGCACCAAGAUCGGCGCAACGGUCGCCGGCCAGACCAGCGUCAAGGCCCCAGAGAAGGAGGCGUUCGACAAGUACCUCCCUGCCGACGUCGAUGUUGUGUCGGUGCACUCGCUGCAUGGGCCUAGCGUCACGACCGAGGGGCAGCCUUUGAUCAUUAUCCACCACCGUGGCCCACAGGAGAAGGUCACUAUGGUCGAGGACAUCUUCAGGUCAUUUAAGAGUCGCUAUGUCUACCUGAGCUACGAGGAGCAUGACGAGGUGACUGCCAACACGCAGGCCGUCACGCAUGCUGCUUUCUUGAGUAUGGGCAUGGCCUGGAAGAACGGCAGCAGCUACCCUUGGGAAGAGACCAAGUGGGUGUCCGGCAUUGAAGUUGUCAAGGUCAACAUUACUCUGCGAAUCUACGCUGCCAAGUGGCAUGUGUACGCCGGACUCGCCAUUUUGAACCCGGCUGCUCAGCGUCAGAUCCAGCAGUACGCCCGGAGCACGACCGAGUUAAUGAAGCUCAUGUUGGGUGGGCACCGUGAUGAGCUUGCACGCCGUGUGUGGGCAGCGCGAGAGGCCGUCUUCGGCUGGGGGCCGAAUGAGGACGCAGUUCAUGACGAGGACGGCGGACGACGACCAAUCCUGUUGAGCGAGGACAUUCUCGAUCAGUUCUCUUUGGGCGAGUACGACAAGAAGCGCGACGAUCAGCCCAACUCGCACUUGAGUCUUUUGGCAAUGGUGGACUGCUGGGCCGCGCUCAACAUUCACCCCUUCGAGCACCUUGAAGUCGCCGGAACCCCAGUGUUCAUGCUCUGGAUCGGUGUUGCGGAGUAUUUGUUCCGAUCGCGCGAGAGGCUCGCAGCAGCAAUCGACGCGGGCCUGGCGGACCGUGUUUUCCGUGCCGACGAUCUCGAGUUUACAAUUGCUGCCCGCGGAUGGGGCGAGUGCGUCAGCUUUGGCAACUUUGAUCUCUAUGAGAGGCGAUUCCUCGACACUGCGAGCUUUUUCGCUCCACGAUUCGAGGGUGCAAGCAAGAUGGGCACCAAGAUGAUCAAAACCAUUCAAGAAGCGCAACAGCGUUCCAACUAAGCUCUGUUCCGGGUGCAACUUACCAGAACCUCGUCUCUCAGGCCCGAGCAGCUAGUUAACAGCGCCAGAUCGGUUCACCUGGCCUUGACAACGGUGCUGCCUCAAUGUGACAUAGACUAUGCACGGCGU